AUGGACUAUCACAUGCAUGAAUACUCUGACGACGAGGGCGAUCAAGAUAGUUCUCAUUCUGUCUCCUAUCCAUACGACGAUGAGGACAGCGAAUUCGCCGCUGAUGCACAUGACCAUGAAUCUAGUGAUGAUGAAGAACAUGAACAUGACCAGGACGAACAUAGGGAUAGGUUUCUUAAUUUGGAAGAUGCAUUGAAUCGUAUGAAUAGGGCAAAUAAUGAAUCAGGGAAUGCUGAGGGCUCAUUUGGGAUGAAUCAGAUGUUCCCGGAGUUAUUAUCCAUGUUGAGAGAAGGUAGUGGUUCUAAUAAUACAGUUAAGACGAGGUUGGAUUCUUUGAUUAAGAAUGUGGGUAAUUGCGAGGAAGAUUCAUAUAUUGCCAUGGAAAGUUUAAGAGAACUUUCUGAACAAAUUUUAAUGACUAAUCAGUUGGUGCUGGAUAGAGCUUUGGAUAAGGAACAAUUAAUCACCAAUAUCAUGACUGUAUUUAGUUCACACAAAGUUAAAGAUGAAUUAGAGUUACAAAUGCAAGCUUGUAGAUGUUUGUAUAAUUUAUUCGAAGUGAGUCCAGAGACAAUCAAUAUGGCCUUGGAGGAAAAUGUACUUGUGGAUUUGCAGGCAUUAUUAACUGAAAUUAACUACAUCGAUCUGGCUGAACAGGUCUUGGAAACAUCAGACCUCAUUUCAAGAAUUCAUGGGAAUGAUAUCUUACAUACAUACAAUUUGAAUUGUUAUAUCCAAUAUUUCGAUUUUUUCACCAUUCAUGCACAAAGAAAGGCCAUAUCUAUAAUCUCUAAUUCAUGUGCACGAGUAAAGAUGGAGGAUUUUGAAACUAUUGAGAAAUUAUUCAACCCAUUGAAGGACAUUUUCAUAAAUUCAACGGAUUCUAUAAUCUUGGAAAGAAUAAUCAAUAUCUUAUAUGCCUGUGCAAAGGGAAUGCCCAAGGAUUCAAUGUUAGAGACAUUGUUUAAUGAAGAUAUAUUGAAUCACUUGAUUCAAUUGGUUUCUCACUCUGAAACUUCAUUGGAAAAUAAAUUACAUUGCCUCGAUAUCUUGUCAAGGUUAGCUGAUAUCAGUGGGGUAUUAUCAAGUAAGCUUAUUGAAUCAGCUAACUUAGCAAAAAUGCUAGAUGAUUGUCUUCAUGAAUAUAGCAAAUCACCAGAUGCUCCACUGCAUGAAACUUUGAUGUUCGUUCCAAAACCGUUAUUAAAUAGUAUUGCAAGAUUUAUUGCUCUAUUAUUCCCAACUGAGUCGGAUAGACUAUUAUCUGCCGAUGCUAGUAAAUCCAAUUUUAUUGUUGAUGACGAUGAGAAACUAAACACUCUAAUAACUGUUGUGACCCCCAUCCUAGUGGAAAUAUACGUGAAUAGUAUAGACUUCGAUGUCAGACGUUACGUUGUACUUGCUUUGAUAAGAGUUAUAUCAUUUAUGAAAUCGGAAACUGCUACACAAAUUGGCCCCUUCUUAAUCAAAUUAAUUGGUUCAGCAUUGGCUCAAACCGCAUCUAAUUUAGAUAAAGGUAUGACAAACGUUUUGGAAUUGGAUGGAUUACUAGUUGGUAUAUUGUCAAUUUUGGAUAUUUUAACAACACGCUUUGGUGAUAAAUUUAUUCCAUUGAUUAAGAGGGAAGGUAUUUUCCAAUUAAUUAAAGAAAUUCAUGACCAUUUCCAAGGUAUUCAUCAAAUCACAUCUCUCCAUUAUGAUGAUUCUGAUAUUAAGAACUCACCCUCUGAAGGUGAUAAUGAGGAUCAUCUCGAAUUAUCAGAUGGUGACGAUGAGGACGAGGAUGAAAGCUACGAUUAUGACAUGGGGUUCGGUGAUGUGGAUAUUCCUGAAAGUGUAAAGACGAAACCUAUGAAGUUUCACAUAUUUAAGCCGCUAACUUUAGGAUACGUUGAAAAAAAGUCAUUGCAACUCUCAACAGCCCUACUGGAAUUAUUUGGUGAAACAGACGCAUCUUCAAAUGCAGAACUAGCGCAUAUUUCCCAAUUUGUUCAGAAAUUGCGUGCCAUUGAUGUUAGUUUUGAUUGCACAUCUGAAGAUGCAUGGUAUCAAUUAUGGACAACAUUGAAGGCAUUGCUUUUCAAUAAUGAAUUUGAAAUUUCUGGAUUUGAACUUAUUUCUACAGGAUUAGCUACUGCAUUGGCCGAGUUUUUGGAACGAUACAAUUCAUGGGUAACAGUAGCACAGAGGAUAUUUUAUAAUGUUUUUGAAACACAAUUGAGAACUUUUGUGAAUAUCUUACAUUCUGGGUUGAAUAGAGUUGAAAAUUUCGAUCUUGUUGAAUGUGGACUACAGGGAGAGGAAGGCGCUGUGGCAUCAUUGGGGAAACAAAUAAGGAUUGAUCUACGUUAUACUGGGGAGCCUCCAGCUCAUUUAGAUUCAUCAUUUUCAUCUCCUACAGUUUCCAUACAUUGUAUUGCAUCCUUUGCCACGUUGAAUGAUUUCUUAAAGCAUAGAUUUGUAAAGGCACAAUUCUUAAGUACCAUUUUACCAAGAUUCUCUCCAGCAGAGACAAAUGAAGAAGAAUCUACAAUGUUGCAUGAUGACGAUGCUAAGAACUGGACUUUCGAAUUUACAUUUGAUGGGAAGAGCAUUGAUAUGAAUGAUACUAUUUUUGGAGCCAUUGCUAGAGGAUUCAUUGCAAAGAACAAAAAAGUGUCAGAUAUAUGGAAAGAAACUCAAGUUAUCGAAUUCAAGAGAACUCCAGGCAAUACUGAUGUACCAGAUCUCGAGUCAGAAGAGAACUAUAGUCUAGCCAAUAUUUAUUCAACAAGGGCCUUAAAGGAGAAGGAUGAUGGUGAUUCACUUGCGUCCUACAAAAUAUUAGAAUUGUUAAGGUUUGUCAAAGGUUGUGGUACUGAAAGCGAUAUGUUCAUUAAUUCUAAAUUAAGUGCCAAACUAUCGAGACAAUUGGACGAGCCUUUAAUUAUUGCAAGUGGAAUAUUGCCUGACUGGACUUUACAAUUAACGAGAGAAUAUUCCUUUCUAUUCCCAUUCGAAACAAGAAUGUUUUUCUUGCAAUGUACUUCGUUUGGAUAUGGUAGGUUGAUUGAGCUUUGGAAGAGUAGAAACAGUGAUUCGAAAAUACUGAACAAUGAUGAACAGUUACAACAACUGGGGAGAAUGGUUAGACAUAAACUACGUGUUUCAAGAAAGAAUAUGUUUUUGACGGGUCUAAAAAUCAUAGGCAAAUAUGGAUCUUCUCCAAGUGUCUUAGAGAUAGAAUAUAUAGAUGAAGUCGGUUCAGGUUUAGGCCCCACAUUAGAAUUUUACGCUUCCAUCUCUAAAGAGUUUGCUAAAAAUUCCUUACACUUGUGGAGAUCAGAAGAUUUUGAUAAGAAGGCGAACGCUACUGAUGGUGAAUCAAGUUCCGAUUAUGUUAAAGAUUUGUUGUUCCCAGCACCAUUGGAUUCGAAAUGUGAUAAUGCUAAAACUUUAGAACUUUUUGAAUCUUUAGGUACAUUUAUUGCCAGAUCCAUGUUAGAUAGUCGAAUUCUUGACUUCCGUUUCAAUAAACUAUUUUUUGAGUUACUUCACAAGAGGUUCACUAAAGUUGCUUUAUUAGAUAACCUUGGUGAUCUAAAAGGCAUGCUUCAAAUGCUCUCUCGCGUUGACGAACAACUGGCAAAAUCCCUAGAAUACUUAUAUGAUCACAAGGAUGACAGUGUAUCCUUGGAAGCAUUAUCGCUAACCUUUGUCUUACCCGGGUACAAUAUUGAAUUGAUUCCCGAUGGAACUAAUACUUUUGUAAAUGCUACGAAUGUGGAAGAUUUCAUUCAAAAAGUGUUAGAGAGCACAUUGGGGAGAGGUAUCGAAAAGCAAUUAGAUGCAUUCAUUGAUGGAUUUUCCAAAGUUUUCCCCUAUGUUGCCUUACUAAUUUUAAGGCCUGAAGAACUAACUGAAUUAUUUGGACGCAUUGACGAAGAUUGGUCAACGGAGACACUUUACAAUUGUAUGAAUGCAGACCAUGGUUAUACGAUGGACUCUCAAACCAUACAUGAUUUGAUUUCUAUUGUAACCCAAUUUACAGUGCAAGAGAGAAGAUUAUUUUGUCAAUUUUUAACCGGGUCGCCAAAGCUUCCCAUCGACGGGUUCAAGGGCCUAAAGCCAAAGUUCACAGUAGUGUUGAAGCAUGCGGAAGAUGGGCUUACGCCUGAUCAGUACCUACCCAGUGUUAUGACCUGUGCCAAUUACUUGAAGCUGCCUAAGUACAGUAGCAGGGAUGUCAUGCGUGCGCGUAUCCUCCAGGCUAUUGAGGAGGGUGCGGGGGCGUUCCUGUUAUCGUGA